UCCGAGCCAUGCGUCGGCUUGGGAUGCGCCGACAGACGACGCGAGUGGGGGUAGCCUGCUGCUUAGCUACCUGCUCCCCCGCACCCCCACCUGGUGCUAUUGUGCGGCGCAAAGUGGGGUUGGUCGUCGGUGGGACGUGCUGCUGCUGCUGUUGUCAGCUGCGCGCAGUUGCAGUUCCAGUUCGCACACUUGGUCGUGCGUGCGUCCACUUGUCUCCUCUCUGUCUUCGACACAGCCGCACCGACGCCAUGACGACCGAGCCAGACCCCAACGCGAGCACACCCACGCUCAUCGCCAACGCGACCAUCAUCAGCGGCGAGGAGGGCGCGACGCCGUACGUCGCCGACGUGCUCGUCUCCAACGGGCUCAUCGCGGCCAUCGGGCAGUCCCUCUCCCCGCCGCUCGGAGCCACAGUGGUCGACGCGACCGGCCUGUACCUCUCUCCCGGGUUCAUCGACAUGCACGCCCACUCGGACCUGUAUCUGCUCACGUCGCCGGCGCACGCGCCCAAGAUCACGCAGGGGUGUACGACCGAGGUUGUGGGCCAAGACGGCAUCUCGUACGCCCCAGUCCGCACCAAGGCUCAGAUGGCAGCCAUCCGCGCCCAGAUCGCAGGGUGGAACGGUAACCCCUCGGACGACGAGUGCGCCACCAGCCUGUCCCACAUCGGCAUGUUCGAGUGGCGCACGGUUGCAGAGUACCUCGACACGCUGGACCGCAACGGGCCAGCAACCAACGUCGCCAUGCUGGUCCCGCAGGGCAACCUGCGGCUGCUCGCCUGCGGGCCGUACGACGCGGUGGCUACGCCAUCAGAGAUCGCCGAGCAGGCCACGCUGCUCCGCGAGGCGAUGGCCGACGGCGCCGUCGGCAUGUCGAGCGGCCUGACGUACACGCCGGGCAUGUACGCGUCCACCUCGGAGCUCGCAGUGCUGUGUAAAGUGCUGGCGGGGUACGAGGGGGCGUACUACGCGCCGCAUCACCGGAGCUACGGGCACCGCGCGCUCGAGAGCUACGCCGAGAUGGUCGGGCUCGCGCACGAUACCGGCUGCCCAGUGCACCUGACGCACGCGACUAUGAACUUUGCCGAGAACCGCGGCCGUGCGGGCGAGCUGCUGUCGCUGAUCGACAGCGCGCGCGACACGGGCGCAGACAUCACGCUUGACACGUACCCCUACCUCCCCGGCUGUACCACGCUCGCCGCGCUCCUGCCUUCGUGGGCGAGCGCCGGCGGACCGGCCGAGACGCUCGCGCGCCUCAACGACGAGAUGAUGCGCGAGAAGAUCCGCGUCGCGGUCGAAGUCACCGGGUGUGAUGGCGGCCAUGGGAUCCCUACCAACUGGGACGAGAUUGAGAUCGGGUCCACGACCCACCCCGACCUGCAAGGCUACGCCGGCCGCCGCGUGUCGGACGUCGCGCGCGCCGAGGCCCGCCCGCCCAUAUCCGUCUUCUUUGACGUGCUGACAAAGGACGCGCUGGCCACCAGCUGCCUGAUGCACGUCGGGAGCGAGGCAAAUGUGCGCGAGAUCAUGGCGCAUGCCACGCACAUGGGCGGCUCGGACGCCAUCCUGCACGGGAGCACGCUGCACCCGCGCGCGUGGGGCACGUUCCCCCGCUUCCUGGGACACUAUGCGCGCGACGUCGGCAUCGCGAGCGUGCCCGACAUGGUCGCGCACUUGACCUCGCGCCCGGCGAAACGGCUCGGCGUCUACCCCCGCCGCGGGGUGGUGGCGGUCGGCUCGGCAGCCGACCUCGUGCUCUUCAACCCGGAUACCGUCGCGGACAUGGCGACGCAUGCCGAGCCCACCCUGCCAGCCAAGGGUAUCGAGUAUGUGUUUGUCAACGGUGUCGCCGCGCUCGAGGGCGGACAGACGACGGGGGCACGCGCGGGCGUGACGCUGAGAAGGAGGGCAGCAGACGGCAAGGUCACGGAUAGAGGCAUGUAGGGUUCGUUGGUUGUAUAACAUUCAUCAUGGACAACGGUAUAGG